AACCUCGAGACGUAAACAACGCGCGCGGGCGCAGGGAAUUAUGGGAUAUCUUCCCUCGGCGGCGCGGUGCCGCCAUGUCUCCAGAAGAUAAACGGCGGCUAGUCGUUUUCUCCGCUGUGGUCUUCUCUCUCUUCAUUCUUUUACUCGUUUUGAGCUACAUACCAGCUUAUUUGUACAUACUUUUUAUCUGUGUCGUGUCUUGUGUCGUUUAUUUUCAUAAAGCGGAGGAGUUACAGCUCUUCGAGAGACUAGGCCUCAAUCCACGCCGUGGCCUGAGCGUCCCGCCGGCUCUGCUGCGCUGGUUGCCGGGCAGGACUUUUAGCGGUGUCCCGGCCGCCGGCAGAAACAAGAUACGCAAAAGUGAUGCUAGAACCUCUUUCGCGUCACCCAGCGAUAGACACUUUGUGGGCUCGUACUAUAGAAGAGAGCAGCUCAGUGAGUCGGUGUUCAGCCCUCGGGAUAUACUCAUGGGAAGUUACCUCGCCAAGCCCGAAGAAAGCCCCUCCGCCGCGGUGAGGCCCGCCGGGGGAUCGGGGUCUUUCAUGCACCCCAGAGAACAGCUCCGGGAGAGACUCGCCCGACCCAAUCAUGCCGUUCACACCCCUAACAGAAGACUGUCAUUCGGGGACCCUGCAGGAAAUGCGAGCCGGUUCACCAUCACCCCCCAGAGACAUUACCCCCUUCAACAGACAGGCACAUCUCCCAUUGGAGUCAUGCCACCGGCAAAAUGGGAUGGAUACCGUAAGAAGAAUAUCCUCACCCAACGCAAUUCACCUACUGUUCACAGUCCAGUCACGGUGAAGAUCGCCAGACCAGACUCCACUCGGUCAUCAUUCUUUAAUCACCUGAACUCCCCUGGAGCCGUCACCUCUCCUGGGAUUGGAGCACAGGCUGACCCCUGCUCCAGAGAGGCUGUCCUGAGCGUGCUCAGAGAGAGCAGGAAGAGAGAGGUUGAUGAGGAGGACAAGAGUGCUUCCUCAGGGCAGAAGAGCAAAAGGAGGCGACAUGACAGCAGUGGAAGUUCUCAGUCAGCGUUUGAGCCUCUUCUUGCAAAUGGAGCUCCGUCUCAGCUCGUGCCAAAACCUGGCAGUCUGAAGAGAGGCAUGAACUCUUCUCUCAUUGAAGAGUCCAUCAUGAAGCGGUCUCGCACCUCCUCUGUCAGCUCUAUAAGUGGUGCUCCUGUUCCCAGUGGUGUACCUGGAUCUGUCCGAAAUCCCAUUCGCAGUUCCUACAGCUCCUCACAGGGUUAUCCACAGAGACGAGCAGCAUCCAGUCUCAGUCUUUCUCCCUUCACAAGCCCAGGAGGAUCUCGGUGUCAGACUCCAGAGCGAGCUGCCAAGAAAGCAAGGGAGGAAGAUGCUACCUCACCAAGUUCAACAUCCUUCGCUAAAACGGAUAAGGUGGCAGCUGAUCCUGACCCUUCUCCAAAUACAACUAAACUUACCCCAAAAUCUGAGGCACCUGUUGCGACAUCAACGUCAGACUCUGGAAGCAGCGGUGGCAAACGUAAACGCAAAAUUCAGCUGGUCACCACAAACAGAGGAGAUCAGAUUUCUUUGCCACCACCUCCUGAGGUUGGAUAUACAAUCACAGUGAAAGAUCUAGAUAUGGAGAAGAAAGCCGCUCUCAGCAAGAUACAGAAAGUCCUGGAGGAGCCUGAACCGGAGAUUCCUCCUCCAGCAUCUGAACCUGCUCCUGCCCCAGUUUCAGCUCCCACUUUAUCCCUGUUCUCUCAGCCAGCUCCAAUCUCCACAUCCGGGACAGCACCUGCUACGAGCGUUGUUCCCUCUCUGCUUUCUCUCUCCACACCCAAGCCUGAGACCACACCAGCUAUUACUACAACUCCUGCUCCAACUAUUGACCUAACCAUCACUGCGUCCAGCACGGCCAGCUCUGCACCUCUAACCCUCAUCUCAUCCCCCGCCAUCACUACCGCAUCUCUAACAGCUGCCACAACUGUUUCAACUGCACCAGCUUCAAGCAUUUCAAACCCCCUGCUGGAGUCUCUGAAAAACAUGAAGAAUAAUCCUCUUCUCACUGCUCCGACUCUGAUGGGCACUACCACUGCAGCUCCAGCAGUGCCUGUAUCCAGUCUUUCUGCUCCUGCUGCAUCCAUAAUCCCAAGCAGUGGAGUUGUCAAGUCUGAAUCGGGUCCCACUGCUCUGCAAUCCUCAUUCUCUGCCCCAUCCUCCAUAUCAUCACCUGCUUUCAAACCAGCCACCUCCAUGCCCUCCACCUUUGCUCAGAUCCUGGCCCAACCUCUUCAGCCCCCAUCAACCAUUUCAUCGCUGGGUGGAGGCAGCAGCCUGUUUAGCUUGAUCAAACCUGUGGCCACACCUGCAUCUGAGCCUCCCAAGUCUACAGUUGCCGCACCUACAAACACAGCUGCAUCAGUCAACAGCAUUAGCAAUCCUCUCUCAUCUGGGUUUAAGCCCAUUUUCAGUGCAGCAAGCACCACCCCUGCUUCAACACCCGAGGUCAAACCCACCCAGCCCACCUUCAAGCCUUUAUUUGGCAGCACCACAAUUAGUGGCGUUAGUGCAUUCGGGCAGACCAUCACACCGACAACAUCAACCCCUGCAGCUCCAGCCUCACAGAACAGUGCGAUGUUAUUUGGUGGAUUAACCAGUACCCAGCCAACAACAGUGCCCUCUUCUGCCGCCCCGGCCACACAGACUCCCUCCCAGUCUCUGUUUGGAAAAUGGUCCACACCAACCACAUCUGCUCCUGCCACAAACCCCACGUUCCAGUUUGGAGCUACAUCAACUACUACGGCAACACCUGCGCUGAACACCAACACUGCUAGCGUUGGCAGCGCUAACUCCGCUUUUCAAUUUGGUGCAGCAAAACCAGCUGCCGCCCCACAGGCCCAAAACACGUUCACAUUUGGCCAGCAGUCCACGAACCAGAACUCCACAACAACUCCAUUUGGUGGAUUCGGUGUGACCAGCAAUGCCACCACGUCCUCAGAAGCGCCCACAACACAAACCACAUUUGGAAGCUCGACUUUCACCACAUCAUCCAAUUUCCCAGCAUCCACACCGCAGGCCCUCGCUGCUCCAAAGCCUUUCGCAUUUGGAGCCGCCGGCGCAAGCAGCGGUGCAUCACCGUUCACAUUUGGCACCGCUGCCAGCACAUCAGCACCUGCAUUUGGGACUAAUAGUCAGCCUGCAUUUGGUGGAGUGUCAUCCGGCUUUUCUUUCGGAAACACCACCACACCUUCUGCAACACCUGUCUUUGGGGCCACCACACAGACUGCGGCCCCUGCACCUGCCCCAGCACCUACGUUCACCUUUGGAGGGGCACCAACAGCCAAUCAGAACACUGCACCAAGUACUCCGGCUCCUCCUGCCUCUGGAGGGUUUAACUUUGGGGCGUCACUUUCAUCAACACCAUUUGGGACCCCUGCGCCUGCAGCUCAACCCCAAGGGUUUUCUUUUGGAGCCAAUAACACUGACAGCAAGCCUGCUUUUGGAACAUCGACUCCUGCUUUUGGCCAGGCGUCUCCAGGAAUGUCCAUGCCAUUCGGCAGUCCUGGAACACCAGGAUUUGGAGCAAUGGGCGGCUUGGGUGCUUCACCAUUUGGUGCUUCACCAGCCAGCUUCUCUAUUGGGACGGGUACUAAAACCUCUGGGGCUCGUCGAUUACAAGCACGCAGGCAACACCCACGGAAGAAGUAACACAGCUGAAGUGAGUCCGACUCGUCUUUCUUGUCGUUUGGACUCUGUUACUUCCUCCGACUGUCCCAACUCUGCUGCUGGUCCAAACACAGACCUCAUCUCUACAACCCUCAGACUGCCAGGGCUGGUCAGGCUUGUAGGAUCAAGGCUCGUGGAGUGUAGAAUUUUAGCCCAAUCUCUCGCCCACCGAAUCUCAUCAUGACCUCACUGAUGGAGUCUGAUGAGGGCGUCUGGUGUUGGGGAAGGAUGGCGAACGGGAGUAAAUUAUACUUGAAAGAAAGAAAAAAAAAUAAGACUUUCAAAAUCUGGACUCACACAUGAAUUUCAGUCCAGGCCUUUCAAAAGAAAAGGAACUUUUUUGGGUCGAGUAAUCAGAUGCUCUUUAUUUUAAAUCCGGUAAUUACACCCUUUUUUUGUUUGUUAACCUACAUGUCAUGCUUUUCCAUCAUGCUUAGCAGAAUCGUCCAUUUUGUUAAGCCUUCAAAACGUGAAUAUUUUAAUGUUUCAUUUAAAGCAAUUUUCUUCUUUGAGUGAGCUGCAUAAUAAACAAUCUUAAUUUUACACCACUUGCAAUUCCUGCAAAUUCCUGCAUUUACACACUGAACCUCUAUGUUUUCUUGCAUUCGUUGGAUUUUCAUACCAAAGCUGGUGUUUUUACAUGCAACUCGCACAUUUUUUUCCCAUCACACCAUGGCCAGUUUACUACCUCUCCAUAUUAACCGUGCAUCUGUGUCCCUGUUGAUUUGAUGUACUCUGCAUAAUUAAAGUCGGCACUUAUCACAGACAUUGAUCUAAAACCUCUUCCAUCAGGCACUGGAUGUAGCUCUCAUUUGCUUCGUUUUCGUUCGUUAUUUCUUUUCCUUCGCAUUUCAUUGCUCUGCUCUGUGUGCCUUAGUGCGUUUCGCUUAUGGUUACAUAUUAUGGAUGAUGUCGGAUUUGUACUGAGAUAUGGAUGUCUGUUUUUUCACAAUGAUGCACAGGAGCGUUUGGAAAAUCUCAACCUUAUUUUUGAUCACUGACUAAAAGAAUCCAAUUUCAAUCUCUGCAAUUUUGAGUGAAAAUGUGUUUUGGAGAUUAACAUUUGAGUAGGUGUUGAAUUCAAAUAAGUGCAAAAAAUAAAAAUUUAAAAGUGCCCCCUUAAAACGUGACCUUUAGGAGUAAGAAGAAUGCAUUUAUCUGACUGAAUGUUGCUUUAAGAUGAUUUUGCUUCUACACAUUCAGAUUUGAUUUAUCAUCGAGAGGGUUUAAUGCUUAUUUAUAUCUACCUUUUAUUUGGUUUAGUUUUUAUGUGCAUGUAUACCAUUAUUACCCAAUUCUGUAUGAACCAUUCCUGGCUUUGUAUGAAUCCUAUGGUUUGUGCAUGCUUGUGAUGUGUUUUAAAAUGCCAAGAUAUAGCAAAUAUUCCACCUGCAGUUGAAACGGCAUGUCUUAGGAAUGUUCCUGAAUCAGUAUCUGUUGGGAAAUGGAGUCAAGACGUUAUGUGGACCGCCGAUACACUGAGUUUGAGUCUUAAUGCAAUUCUCAGGUCUAUUAAAGGGAUGGUUCACCACAAAAAUUACAUUUGCUAAUAAUAUAAUCACUUUUCUUCAGCAAGAUGUAAAAGACUUAUCUGGUCCUUGGUGGUUGAUAGAAUGCAAGUAUUUGGAAAAUUAAAUUCCUGAAGCUCGUUGAUAUAUUGAGUUCUUAUGAAUUCUUUGCAGGAAACUGAUGUAUUUAGACUAUCAUAGUGCUGGUGGUAGCCACUGACUUGCUUGAAUCACCAAGACUGCAUUUAAAAAUGAUUUACAAAUGAAGAAACACUCCAUUAAGUAACAGUUUGUUUUUUUUAAAUAACUUCAUUUCACAAAUCCCCUUGAGUUAAACAGUUGAGUUUUUUUUUAUUUAUCUAUUUAGUUUAUAUUCAUGUCUGACGGCACUUUUAGCUUAGCUUAGCAUAAUCAUUGAUUCAAAUUAGACUGUUAGCAUCUCUCUCAAAAAUGACAAAAAGAGUUUCAAUCUUCCUAUUUAAAUCUUGACUUUUCUAUAGUUACAUUGUGUAUUAAGACUUAUGGAAAACGAAAAGUUUAGUAACUUUGUUGCCGGACCACAGCCACAACAGGUGCAACAUUAUUAUGCAGCACUUGAGUCUUGCAAACAUCCAUACAUUUGCGAGACACAAUUCAAAACAUAUUUACUUUAUUGCAGAUACAGAGCCAUUUCUAUUUGAACUGGAAUACAUGGGAGUAUCCAAUUUUAAGGCGCUGCUUAAUAUCAUUGCACAUGGUACGACUGCAAAGUUCGUUGAUUAUUACGCUGAAAUGAAAGUAUGUAGUUCCUAGUCGUAUUGACCUAAAAAAUAACAUUUCAUUUUCAGUCUGUCUUAGUACAUAAUGAAACUACAAAAAAGUGAAGCUUUUAAAUAAGAAAAUUACCAAAACUCUUGUCGUUUUUAAGAGUGAUGCUAAUGGUAGCUAAUCAUAGAUCAUUGAAUCGGAUUAGACCUUUAGCAUCUCUCUCAAAAAUGACCAGAGUUUCGAUCUUCCUAUUUAAACCUUGACUUUUCUGUAGUUACAUUGUGUACUAAGACUAAUGGAAAGCGAAAAAUUUUACGUUUAGUAACUUUGUUGCUGGACCACAGCCACAACAGGUGCAGUGUUAUUAUGCAGCGCUUGAAAAUUUUGCAACCAUCCAUACAUUUGUGAGAGACAAUUCAGAACAUAUUUACUUUGGUGCAGAUACAGAGCCAUAUCUAUUUGAAUCAGAAUACAUUGAAGUAUCCAAGGUGCUGUGUAAUAUCAUUGGACAUGGUACACUUAUGGUACAGCAGCAAAGUUCCUUGAUUAUUACACUAAAAUGAAAGUAUAUAGUUUCUAGUCGUAUCAACCUAGAAAAUACCAACAAUUUUUUUAUUUUCAGUCUGUCUUAGUACACGAUGAAAUUACAGAAAAGUGAAGCUUUAAAUGGGAAAAUUACCAAAACUCUUGUUGGUUUAAGAGUGAUGCUAAUGGUCUAAUCUGAUUCAAUGAUCUAUGCUAAGCUAAGCUAAAACUGCUCCCUCGAGACCAGGACUGUAAAACUCAACUGUUUAACUCUGGAUUACUUUUUUAAAAAUGAGCUUUUAAAAUAAUGUCAGUGUUCUUUAUUAGAGGAAAACAAAAUUGUAUUAUUUGGGCGAAGUAUCCCUUGAUGUAUGAUUUAGUUUUCAGUUAUUAUUUUAUAUUGACUAUCAAACACUGGAUUUAAUUAGUAUUUCAAUGCACAAUAAAUAUGGAAGCACAAAAGCAGCAUUGAUUUUAGACUUUCAUCAUAUCCCCCUAAUAUUUUUCGGCCUGAAGAAAAUCCCUGAACCCGAGACUGUUAAAUGUUUUGGGUUGUAGCCAUGCAUGGCGUUCCUUAUCUGGAUUCUAACAGCAUAAUUUGUAAUGAUAAAUCCAUUUUGGAGUAUCCUCAUGCCCAGACAGAUGUAGAGAGGCAUGAGGCGAGGCUUUCGGUUUAUUAGAAAGCCGUACCAAAUACAAGACUGUUUGGAAAUAAUGAGAUGCGUGUUGAGAGCUGGAUUUCUCAAGCUGUGACUGUUUGAGAGCUGUUGUACGUAGUUGUAUGUUUUUCAGGUGUUUCUGUUAAGUGAAUGCUCACAGUUUGUGUGUAAAAAUGACCGUUUCCCGAUAACCCUCGAAGCGUGAGUGCAGUUCUGAAUGAAGCGACACACGAGGACUGUUGUGUCCGCUUGAAUGCUCUGAUGACGACAUGCUGGUUUUGAAUAAAAAUGUAAAGUCGA